GUUGCCUACUACAACGUUUACAAUAGAAAGGAAAGUUCAACUCCCGUUAGAGUGGACUGAAGUGAAGUGGCAGCUCGUAAUUCCACAAUGGCUUUCGCUGUGGAUUGUAUWUAUUUAUUGAUGUGCUGUUCUCUCAACUUGAUAUGUUUAGAUCACAAACAUACUGUGAAAUCACAUGAACAUCUCUCUGGAAAGUUAAGUGAAUAUGGUCUUAUCGUGCCGUUCAGCACAGACUCCCACGGACGCUAUAUCUCCCACGUGGUCUCAGCCUGGGCCWCAGCUGCAACGGGAGAAACUGAAAGUGAAGGUGCUGAUGCAGGGGGUGGUGAUUCCUCAUCCCCUGGUCCGGGAAAGAGGCGUGUGGCCCGUAGCGCCCCCGAGACUCCCUCUGUCACCUCUGGCGCAGGCCAACACCUGUUUUUCAACGUCACUGUGUUUGGGAAAGAGUUGCACCUUCGCCUCAAAGCAAACAGGAGGCUGGUGGCUCCGGGGGCAUUUGUGGAAUGGCAGGAGGACUUCGAGGAAAAGGCUAAGGAGCGUCUCCACGGGGACUGUGUUUUCACUGGAGACGUAUCUGACAUGCCAGAGGCUACUGUUGCCAUAAGCAACUGUGAUGGACUGGCAGGCCUGAUCCGGACUGAUAACGGGGAGUUUUUCAUCGAGCCUUUAGAGAAGGGUCAGCAGGAUGUGGAGGUGAAAGGUCGUGUCCAUGUGGUCUACAGGAGAUCUGCCAUCAAAAGGGAACCAGUCCAAAGAAGGGAGGACCUCCACAAUGAAGGUAAGGAAGGGAACACCACCAGUGUAGAAGGUAAGGGAAGGGAACACCACCAGUGUAGAAGGUAAGGGAGGGAACACCACCAGUGUAGUGGAAAGAGGAGGGAACACCACCAGU